AUGCUCCCACUUGCUUAUUUCCCUGAAACUGGUACUCGUAAAUUUUCAGGGAAGAAAACUGAUAAGAAAGAAUCUGGAGAUGUGCUCUCUGGGUUGGAUGGUUCCUCGGGAAUGCAGAUAACUGAAGCCCUCAAGUUGCAGAUGGAAGUUCAGAAACGAUUGCACGAGCAACUAGAAGUGCAAAGACAGCUGCAACUACGGAUAGAAGCACAAGGGAAGUACUUGAAGAAGAUAAUUGAAGAGCAACAGCGACUCAGUGGAGCCCUUGGCGAACCCUCUGCCCCAGUAACAGGCGAAUCUGAUCCCGCAACCCCUGCCCCAACAUCUGAGUCUCCCCUCCAAGAUAAGUCUGGCAAAGAAUGUGGACCAGACAAGAGCCUAUCAGUUGAGGAGUCUCUUUCAUCUUACCGAGAGCCUUUGACACCGGACUCGGGGUGUAACAUUGGGUCUCCGGAUGAGAGCGCUGGAGAAGAGCGAUCAUCAAAGAAGCCUAGAUUGGUGAGAGGUGCAGCUGGUUAUACACCUGAUAUGGUAGUGGCGCACCCAAUACUAGAAUCAGGCUUGAAUGCUUCUUACCAUCAGUCAGACCAUGCUCUCGCCUUUGACCAUCCUUCUACAUCACUGGUUGGGGCUGAAGAUCGAUUGGACAAGGUUUCAGGAGAUAAUCUAUGA